AUGAGGUGUUUAGCCAUCUGCUGUUUUAGGAUCUGGAAUCUUGCUGAAAGCAGGCUCCAGAUUUCCACAAGGAAUGGCACAGAUGAAGGUCGUCAUCGCUGUCCCUCUGUGAGGCACCUGAAGCAGAAGAACCAUGAACCUGUCUCUGUGACUGUGAAGGACACAACAAAACACAACAAUUCACAACUGGUGCUUUGGGGCUUGACAAAAAAUGAACUCCAUCAUAGGCUAUACACUCAACCUAUCAGAGAAUGGGAAGGACAGGCACCACACACCUAUGGAGACAUUAUCCACUCAUCUUCAGUGUAUUUACACAGUGGAGACACAAAGGCUAUGAGUGAAAGAUUUCUGGUUUUAUUUUCCUUCCAUUUGUUAAUCCUCGCAUUGGACAGUUCUAAUCAUGAUUUUAUUUAUGAGGGCAUUCUUCCUCUCUCAGCCAUCGAGGUGCGUCUGAUCUCACAGCAGGACCAUAGUUCUCCAGAUAUGUUUGAGAUUAGCGGCCCUAUGGUGGACUCAAAGAUCUUCCUUUGUGCUACUGCUGCUGAAACAAAAACCUGGAUGGAGAAUAUCGAGGACAGGAGAUACAAAUCCCUUAUGCAACAGCUGAGCCCGUCCCAUAGCGCGCUCUCAUACCUGGUGCCAUGUCAUGAAAACUGGAAGAGGGAUGAGCUUAAAAGGUACUUACUGCAGUCUCCCAUCUUGCAAUGGGAGGGGAAGCCCAUUCAGCACAUGGGCUAUCCAAGAUACAUUUCACUGGUGCACAUCAGCAACAUAUACACACAGGACCGGCGUUUGCAGGAACCUCAGGAGCGUUUGCUUGUGCUCUUCCCAUGUGACCUCCUCAUUCUGUCUCUCGACUGUCAUCAUGUACGUGUGAAAUAUGAGGGUCGUCUGCCACUUAAGAGCAUUAAAGCCAUGGAAAGAUCUGCACUACCUGGCAGACUGGAGUUUGAACUCACGGGUGAACUGAUGGAGCCUCUGCUCGUCUCCUGUACAUACCCUGAGGACUAUCAAAGCUGGAUCUUCCAGUUACAACAGCCUGAUAAAGUGGCAGAUUCAUUGCCACAUCAUACCCCUCCACCUCUGAUACCGAAGAAGCGCAGAAGCUGAGGAUGAUGUGACGAAUGGAAAUUAAAAUGGCUGUGAACUCCAUAUAUUGUGCCCAAUGAAAGCUGCUGAUUACAAAUGAACAUUUUACUGUUGCAUUUCACUCCUAAGUAACAAAUCUCUUCACUGCUUGUGAGGAAGGAUCUUCAAUAGCUAGGAAAUUUGCAGGUUUAGAUAGUAAUUAUUACAGUCUGCUCCAUAAAUAUCUGUUUUGAGGUAGGGAACAGGCCUC